AUGCUGCCGCGGAAUCUGCCUAGGCGCCUAAGAAGCUGGAACCGCAGCUUUAGUAGCACAACGACGAGGAGGGAGAUUCUGGAUGUGGAAAAUCUGCCGGACAGGAUCAUUCCUCGGUAUCAAGGCAUGCUCUCAAGCGCCCUGGGGUGCACGACCAUUUGCUGACUAUUAACCUUUACAGACAGCAAGUCGAGCGAUCUCUUAUCCUUACAAUGGCCAUCGCCGCCUCGGAAUAUCCUCUUGAUCAAGAAAAUCGGCGCUCCAAAAGUCACCGAAUCUCUUGUUGAAUAUGCGAAACACAUUCAUUCAAAUUACGAUAAUGUUUCUUUAAUUUUCGAACCCAAGGUCGCUGCUCAGAUGCACAAACACUUCUCCUUCCCAAUAUAUACAAGCAGCACAUCUGAUGAUCUUGCGAGGAAGGUUGAUAUGACUACCACUCUUGGAGGGGAUGGCACCAUUCUCCAUGCUUCCUCCUUGUUCAGCACGACUCUUCAUGUACCACCGAUUCUUUCCUUUAGUAUGGGCACUCUGGGUUUUCUGGGGGAAUGGAAAUUCGCCGAGUUCAAGCGCGCAUUUCGGGAAGUAUACAUGUCUGGUGCAGGGGCAGGAUCUCCGCUGUUCCAGGACCAAAAACACCCACAUGUUCAGAUGAGUGGUCUCGAAUCCGGGGAUGUCGUGACUGGCUGGUCAAGUGUGCGAGGCAAGUCAAUGGGGCCAUCGAGAAGCUCGAAAGUGUUGCUACGGAAUCGCUUGAAGGUCGGGGUGUAUGAUUCACAUGGCAACCGUGUUUUGGGAGACAAACCAACUGAGAGUUUCGUGGGAGAUGUUCACGCCAUGAAUGAAGUUAUCAUUCAUCGUGGAAAGGAAGCACAUCUGGCAAUCAUUGAAGUAUUUGUUGGUGGUCGUUUUUUAACAGAAGCCGUAGCUGACGGCAUGAUCAUUUCUACGCCAACUGGAAGUACAGCAUACAGUCUAAGUUCGGGUGGAAGUAUCAUUCAUCCUCUUGUCAGUAGUCUUCUGAUGACGCCAAUCUGCCCAAGGAGUCUGUCUUUCAGACCCUUGGUCUUACCCGCGAACACUCCAAUCACAUUACGGCUGAGCGAGAAAAAUCGAGGGAGGGACUUAGAAGUCAGUAUUGAUGGUAGAAGACGAAGUCAUGGCGUCAGUGUAGGUAUGGAGAUUCGAGUUAAUGGAGAACAUAUCGUAAAGGGUAUGGAGUGGGUCGGUGGUGUUCCCUGUGUUAUGAGAGGUACGAAGACUGGAACCGAGGAUGAUGAUGGUUGGGUUGGAGGCUUGAAUGGGCUUCUGAAAUUCAACUAUCCGUUUGGCGAGGAGUGA